UUUCUCCAGAACUCGCUGCUAUAGUUUAUUUUAACGUGUUUAGUGCGACUAAUAAGGAAACAUGUCCGAAUACGCGGCAUUGGCGGCAAGCUGUCUUGACAAGGUGAUGGCGUACGAGGCAGAUAGUGAUUGGAAACCUUACAAGAGUUCGAAACAUGCUCAGGUGUUUACAAAACCUUCUCCAGAUUUCAACGGCACCUUACACAAAACCACGUACAAUAUAGAAGCGUCUCCAGAGAAAUGCCUUGAUCUUAUAUACGAUAAUGCUAAACAUGCAAAGUUUGAUAGAUCUAUAAAAGACCAGACGACAUUGAAACAAAUUGGUGACGGCAUGAAUAUAGUUCGAUCGCUGACGCCCUCUAUGAUGGCGGGACUGAUUUCGUCCAGGGAUUUUAUUGACUUGAUUUGUUUCAAAAGAAUACCAGAAAAGAAUGUGAUCGUAGUGUACUAUGUAAGUGUCGAACAUCCAGAUUACCCAGAAACCAAGGGUGCCGUGAGAGGUGUCACCUACCCAUCAGCUGUUUUUCUGUACAACGUUGACGGGAACCCAAACAAGACGCGUGGCGUGAACAUUACCCAGUUCGAAGGCCACUUGUCACCAAAGUCUUUAGUGGAAAAAUUCAUUCCUGGUACUCAGCUUGACUUCGUCGAGGACCUUGCCAAAGGAGUGACACAGUUGUAGAACUCAACAAUUUCGCAAAGCAGAGUAGACAGGCAAGACGUUACCCGGCAAUCAGAAAAGACAGUCAAGCUGAAACGGCGCGAGCAAUGCAAAAACAGGGUGAUUACGACUCUGAAAUAGUGUUUAUUCGUAUCAAAAAUUGUGACAACUUGAUUAAAUAAAUUACAUAUAAAUUACAAAAAUAUUGUUCAUAGGUUACACAAGUGUACGAUGAGCGAUAUACGAUUUUACUAUUAUCCAGACAAUAUAAAUGUACGAUAUACGAUGAUACUAUUGGCCAGAUAAUUAAAAUAAAGAAUUUGGUGUACGAUACAUA